CGAGAAGGCUCAACACUAGAGGAUGCGCUGAGCGCCGAAGCGAUCGACGAAGACGAUGAUGAGGAGGAAAGAGAUCCAGAGGAAGUGGCGGCGCGACAUGAUGUACUUCGACGGAUCGGUUUAAAGACGAAACCCACAAAUGCGUUACGAAGGUAUUUGAAAAAAGUUGCUGCCGGGGCUGAACUAAACCCAUGGGUUCCUACAGUCUACACUGAGAAGGAUCUCAGAAAGAAAGUACGUCUACUUGUUAUCGCAAUGAUGGCUAAAGCAUGUGAAAGCGAAGGAGUGGAAGAGUGUAGCAUUGAUAAAUCACACGAAGCUGCUAUCAGAUUCAUUGAUCGUCUGAAUGAAGAGAUUGUUGAAUCGUUGAGUAUUCUUGGUAAUUUCUCGUCCGACCUCAUUCGAUGCGCAAGAAGCAAUUGUCAAAAGGCGUUUCUUCCGAAUCAUGUGGCUAACACACUGGUUUCGAGGCUAGAAGUCAAUUACACACACUGUCCGCAUACACUUGGAACCCAUGAUGAUGUCAAUUACCUCAUUUUGGAAGGUGGAAACUACAGUCAAAAGCUUGAAAUGCCGAAUUCUGUGGGAGCACCAAGCAAGCUCUUGUGCUUAUGCUACUUCCAUAAUGGAAUUUUCGAGUUCAUGUUUGAUAUCAUCCAUAUGAAGUGGAACAUCUACCACAACUGUUUAGUUCACGUCAAAGAGGUGCUGAAAAAUAAAAAGUUCGAAGUCAGUGACGAAGUUAUUGAAGAGCUUCCAUCAGAUGUGAUUAGGAGCUUGGUUCAUUUCUACAUGGCUCGGUGUUUGUGGGUAUUUGGUGACAAAGAACUGUGGAGCAAGAAUGGUUGUACUCUUUUCCAAGUUUUGUUCGGCAUGGACGGACAAGUAGCUUAA